CCAACAUGUUGUUGUUGCUCAGACUGGAAUCGUUUAUCAAGAAAUGAGACUCACACUGCAGACAGCAGACAGAGGGAAGUGCAUAUCUGGAUCUACUGAAGCGGAUGUUAAAUUGACCAGACUUCUUUCUGAGGAUUGAUAUGACUGCACAUAGUCCCUGAUCCUUGUGUUAGAAAGUAUUAACAACUUCUGGAAGUCCAAAUUGAUCAAUCAGAAUAAAGUUUUGAACUAAGUCGUAUAAAAAAGGACAGACCCUGCCUUUCACAUCGAGCUUCUCUCAGCGGAUUCCUCAGUCACUUCAGCAACAAGAGCAGAGGGAGCACAGAGUGUUUCUGUCCAGAGAAAAGGAGAAUAUAUCACUAACAGUGAGAAGUGAAAUGGCGCAGAGAGGAGUUCAGCUGGAGCGGGAAACCUUCUCUUGUUCCAUCUGUCUGGAUCUACUGAAGGACCCGGUGACGGUCCCCUGUGAACACAGCUACUGCAUGAAGUGUAUUAACAGCCACUGGGAUGGAGAGGAGGUCCACAGCUGCCCUCAGUGCAGGCAGAGCUUCACACCGAGGCCUGUCCUGCUGAAGAACACCAUGUUAGCAGCUUUAGUGGAGGAGCUGAAGAAGACUGGACUCCAAGCUGCUCCUGCUGAUCACUGCUAUGCUGGAGCUGAAGAUGUGGCCUGUGAUGUCUGCACUGGGAGGAAGCUGAGAGCCUUCAUGUCCUGUCUGCAGUGUGUGGCCUCUUACUGUGAGACACACCUCCACCCUCACUAUGAAUCAGCUGCAUUACAGAAACACAAGCUGGUGGAGCCCUCCAAGAAGCUCCAGGAGAACAUCUGCUCUCGUCACGACGAGGUGAUGAAGCUGUUCUGCCGCACUGAUCAGCAGAGUAUCUGUUCUUUCUGCUCUGUGGACGAACACAAAGGCCACGACACGGUGUCAGCUGCAGCAGAGAGGACUGAGAGGCAGAGAGAGCUGGAGGGGAGUCGACUAAACAUCCAGCAGAGAAUCCAGGAGCGAGAGGAAGAUGUGAAGCUGCUUCAGCAGGAGGCGGAGAUCAUCAGUCGCUCUGCUGAUGAAGCAGUGGAUGAAAGUAAGAAGAUGUUCACUGAGCUGAUCCGUAUCAUGCAGGAGAGACGCUCUGAUGUGAAGCAGCAGGUCAGAUCCCAGCAGAAGAGGGAAGUGAGUCGAGUCAAAGAGCUUCAGGCGAAGCUGGAGCUGGAGAUCAAUGAUCUGAAGAGGAAAGACGCUGAGCUAGAGCAGCUGUCACUCACAGAGGAUCACAACCAGUUCCUGCAAAGCUACUCUUCACUGCCAGCCCUCAGUGUAACCAAUCACUCACCCAGCAGCAACACCCGUCCUCUCAGAUACUUUGAGGAUGUGACAGAGGAUUUAUCAGGGGUCAGAGACAAACUACAGAAGGUCCUGAGGGUCAAGUGGACCAACAUCUCACUGACUGAAGUCAGAGUUUUACGGCCACAACCAGAGCCCGAUUCUUAAAAUAUGCAAGAGAAAUCACUCUGGAUCGAAACACAGCAUAUGGACAGCUGCAUUUAUAUAACGGAAACAGAGUAGCAAAAUUCAAGAGUUAUUCAGACUAUUAUAUUAGUCACUCAGACAGAUUCACUGAGGAUAGGCAGGUCCUGAGCAGAGAGAGUCUGACUGGACGUUGUUACUGGGAGGUGGAGUUUAGAGGACAAGGAAGCAUUGUAGCUGUCGCAUACAAGAGCAUCAGCAGAGCAGGGUGGUCUACAUUUGGACAAAAUGACAAAUCUUGGGCAUUAGACCUUAGACACAAAUAUAUAUUUGUGUACAAUAGUGUCAUCACUCCCGUCUCAGGUCCUUGGUCCUCCAGAAUGGGAGUGUACCUCGAUCACACUGCAGGUAUUCUGUGCUACUACAGCAUCAUCGAUGAAACCAUGACCCUCCUUCACAGAGUCCAGACCGUGUUCACUCAGCCGCUGUAUGCUGGAAUUGGGUUAUAUUCUCAUUGGGGAGACAUUGUUGAGAUAUGCAAACUCAAAUAGACAGAAGUGAAAAACUGGUUGCCGACAUCUUUCCUUAUCGGAGCCUUUUUCUAUCAUGGAGAAGUCAUAAGUGACAUAUUUUAUGUAUUUUUACGAUAUAGUCAAUGCAUAACACUAACAGUAAACACAGUAUAUUCCUGGGCUAUCAGAAACCUCCAGCGACCUGCUGAAAGCCUACUAUGAGGAAUAUAAUAAGGACCCUUUCUCCUCUACCACCAUGGAACUUGGAGAGACCCUGAUCAGUGAAGUUGGGGAAGAACGAAGGAAAGUCUGGAAGGAAAUUAUAGAACACCAAUAUGACAAAUAACAGCAGAAAGGCAUGGGCUACAAUCCGCUGUCUUGGCGAAGACCACACCACACCACCCAUAAUCACAACGGUCACAGCAAACUCGGUUGCAUCACAGCUGGUGGCCAACGGCCGUAACCAACACCGCCACCAACCCACAGGAGAACACCAUCGCACAGUGGUAUCAGACCAACCACAACCAGCCAGCCCUCUCACCAAACCCUUCAACAUAGAAGAACUCAAAACUGCAAUGGGUAAGCUGAAACCCGGAAAAGCAGCAGGGAUUGAUGAUGUACUGGCAGAAAUGAUACAGCACCUGGGACCUAACGCAAAGACCUGGCUCCUGGAGAUGCUGAACACAUGUAUGGCACAAAAAACCAUCCCUCCUGUCUGGAGAAAGGCCAAAGUGGUUGCAAUCCCCAAACCCGGCAAAGACCCAUCAUCCCCAAAGAGCUACUGACCCAUUUCCCUCCUCUGCAUCACUUACAAGCUCUACGAGAGUCUGCUACUCCAACGCCUCAUGCCACUCAUAGACACCAAGCUGACUAAAGACCAAGCUGGUUUCCGCUCCUGUGCUGGACAGCUACUCAACCUCACCCAACACAUUGAGGAUGGGUUUGAAGGAAAACAAAUAACUGGAGCAGCAUUCAUAGAUCUCUCUGCUGCCUAUGCCACCGUACAAUGGUCAGGAAACUACUGGACAUGACUGGUGACCUGAAUCUGUGUCAAGUCAUCAAAAGCCUCCUCAACAACAGGCUCUUCUACGUCCAGUUAAAUUACCAGAGGAGCAAGUGGAAAGCCCAAAAGAACGGCCUCCCACAAGGUAGGGUACUGGCCCCCCUCCUGUUCAACAUAUACACAAACGACCAGCCAGAACUAUUGAUAGUGUAAAUUGGAAUGAUCCACAUCUGUGCUCCCGGGUGUAUCUGUAUGUUUUCUUCUUGUAUGUUCCUGCCUGUGUACAUGACAUAAACUGCUGCUCAUAACCAAUUGCCCCUUGCAGGAUUAAUAAAGUUGUUGAUUGAUAACUCCCAGAAUGCCAGCGUUUCAUCUACGCAGAUGACCUCUGCAUCACCACCCAACAAGCAGACCUCCAGAAGAUUGAGCCUGUCCUUGAAAGUGCCCUCCAAGAAAUGUCAAGCUACUACAAAAACAACCACCUGAAACCUAACCCAUCAAAAACCCAACUAUGCAGCUUCCACCCGAGGAACCGAGACGUUAAAAAAGAACUGAGCGUCACCUGGGAUGGCCACAACUGUCCAACCAUACGCAUCCCAUGUAUCUUAGUGUUACACUGGAUAGGACACUCUCCUUCAAGAAACACCUGGAGAACACCAAAGCCAAGGUCAACACCCGCAACAACAUCCUGCGCAAACUAGUGAACUCCAAGUGGGGCGCAGAUCCACCAACAAUCUGUGCAACUGCCAUGGCCCUGUGUUUCUCUACAGCAGAGUAUGCCUGCUCAAGCUGGAGCCGAUCACGUCACACCAAACUGGUCGACACAGCCUUGAAUGACACCUGCCGCAUCAUCACGGGAUGCGACAACACCUGUCCCGUGCCUCUACGCGCUAGCCGGCAUCUCUCCCCCGCACAUCAGACGACUAGGUAUCGCUCAAGAUGAACGGAGAACACAGGAGACAGACAUCAGACACCCCUUGCAUGGCCACGUAGCACCCCCACGCAGGCUCUGAUCCAGAGCCAUUUUUCUGCAGACAGUCCUGCCCCUCCAGACAACCAAACAAGCAGCAAGGACCAAUGUCUGGGAAGAUGAAUGGCAAAGAAAUGACACACGAGCUCUUGAAUGGCUGGACAGAGGAAUCACACCUACGGAAAGCCUCGCUAGUGGCCACGACCUUGGCUGGACAACCGGGAAGUCACUUAACAGACUGCGUGUGGAACGGGGGAGGUGCAGAAGACACAUGCAGCUGUGGAUCAGUGCAGACAAUGUCCCACCUACUGGAAUGUCCUGAUGCCCCCCGGUGCGGUCCAGAAGACCUGGCAGAACCUACCCCAUCAGCUGUGGCCUGUGCCCGAUACUGGCAGAACGACAUCUGAGAUUGCUACGGACUCGAAGAAGACUAACAGCAAAACUGAUCAAAUAACACAAAUAGUGAAUGCAAUAUAACUGCAGGAAGUUUGUGUAAAACGAUAAAUUUAAAUACAUUUGAAUUAGAUAACCGUCUGUAAAUAUUGAAUCAGAUUAGUUUUUCCUCUUAUUUUGGUACUUCAUUACAAAUCUCUGUUUGUAUUGUGUAUUUUAUGUUUAACCUUUAUUGAUAGGCUUCUUUUUUGACGGUGUUUUCUUUUUGUUAUAUUCGCUGUUUGAUGCUUUACUAAAGCUGGACGAGGCUCUGUGAAUACAGCAGCUUGUGUUCUGAAAGGAUAAUCCAACUUUAAAAAUAUGUGAAUUGAAAUGUCUGGAGUAUAAUCUCCUGAUUUUGUAAAUCUUAUUUUCUGAUAUUUUCUGAAAUGUUUUAUUAUUUGUAUCGCCUAAAUAUUUGUUGUUGCGUUCAUUAUUAUUUGACUUUCAUAUGAAAUGCUUAGCCUAAUGUUGCUUCUAUUGCAUUAUCGUUGUUGGAAAUGACAUCUUAAUGGGUUAUUCCCAACUUCUUUUAAUUUUAUUAAUUACUGCACAAUAUAAGAUAUAACACUUCCGAUUAAAGGGUAAGUGAAU